GUUGUCGCAAACUCGAUGCCCCAGAAUGGAGUAAUUCAUGGUAUGCUCUUGGGCAUCGACAAUUAUUUACCGAAGCACAAACAAGGCGAAGAGGCUGUCAUAGUGAACAUCUCUUCCACAUGCGGACUACAGGGUUACCCACAUAUCCCCGUCUAUUGCACCACCAAAUUUGCUAUUACUGGUAUGACAAAGUCUUGGGGCACAGAUUAUCAUUACGAUAGAACUAAGGUUAGAGUCGUUGCUGUCUGUCCAGGGGUUACUGAGACGCCAAUGAUUUUUAAUAUGGCUGGAAGAAAUUUGGGCGGACCGUACGAAAAGUAUCUGCAAAGUAAUUUAAGUGGGUGGCUAAGACAAGAGACUGACCAUGUUGCAAAAGAAAUGUUAAAAGUCAUUAGGGGUAGCCCAAACGGAAAACUAUGGGUGGUUGAAGGAGGAGAACCGGCAUACGAGUUUUUACUUCCAGAACGGGAAAAUAUGGAAAGAAAAUAUUUAAAUGUAUAGAAUGGAACAAGGAAUUGCAAACAAAUUAUGAAUUUAUAUUUUGCUUUAUUAAAAAUCUAAAUGUACUACCGUUUAUAUAUUUAUACUGUUAUACAACAUUAAAUAUAUACAGUUAAUAUCUUAUAAAAAUUAAAAAAAUUAAGUACAUUAUUUAUGGAAUAGAUAAGAAAACGUACUAUAUUUUUUAUAUUUUUGUAUAAAUAAUUGCAACAUACAGUGUGAUUCAUUAAGAACCAGAUCAUCCCCCUAAUCUUGUUUUUUGAAUUUUCUCAUAUUUUUUUUUCCAAAAGUACAGUGCCUUCUAGAUCUAACUGAACUAAUUACAAUAAUGGCAACCACGGCCUUCUGUUACAAAAUUAAACUUUUAAAUUUAUGAGGCUUCCGUUUCAGUUUAAAAAUCUAGAAAGCUUAGGAUGCCAGAAGAUGACC